ACGUGUGUGAGAUCUUUGGCAUCUGCAGCUUUUUAUUGCAGGAAUAUCAUACAACUGCAAUGACAGUGAAAAAAAGGCAGAAAGAACCUUGAAAGAUGUUUUACAGUUUCAGCUGUGCUACUCUUCAGAGCUGGGCAGCCCUGCUUAAUACUUCACAUUCUGCCUUCAUGUCAGAAAGAGUUUUUCUAGUAAAUGAAGUCAAUUAAUAAAUUGAGACGUUAGGCAAUCAAUUUUGCCUGCACGUCUUUCCAGUAUUGUAUAUGGCUGGCUGUAAUCAAAAGAUAAAUGCAGUGCGCUGAGGUAUGAUAAUGCUCAAUAAUGCAUUCGCUGCCAUGCUCAAUUCAUCUGGGACUUCCUGUAGUAGAGGCAUUUGUUAUUGGUUGUCUCUGGACCUCAAGGAUAACAUUCUGAUUCUUGUGAUUGGCCACUCUGCUGCUGCAACAUUCUAACCCUUUUUAUUUUGACAGCGGCUAUGAAGGCAUGUUAAGCUGUGUAGGGCUAAGGUGCUUGGCAAGGUUGCAGCCGUCCCCACUUUUAAUACGGUGAAAGACUUUACGGUUGUUAAUUUCUAUCAGCAAAAGUUGUGAUGCUUUUCUUUACACAAUGCUUUGGUAUCACCCUGGAUCUUUGUCACCUCAGGUUUCGGCAUUGUAAAGCUAGGAGAGUUUUCUCAGCAGCAGGACAACUUGUUUGUGUAGUGCACCCCACACACAGCCAUAAGGGUGUGCCUGCAGUAUAUGGAGCCUCUCACACUUCGAUAGAAAAGCAGAAGACAGACACAUUCCACAGCCAAAACCAACAAACUUCUAUACAAUGUCUUUGGCUUUCAUGCAACUGGGAAGGUAGUCUCGAAGCUGUUGUACCACAUGUGAGCCAAUCACACAGAGUCACUAUAUUCCAAGGAGCAGAGGUUGUUUUGAUGGCUACUGACAUACACUUCACUGAAGCUGAAGAUUGGACAAUUGUGCAGUCAUGUCAUGGCCACCAUUUUUUAUUGGUAUUAAGGAAGCAAGAAAAACAUGAAGGCCACAUACAGUUUUUUGCUACUGUAAUGCUGGUUGGAACACCCUGCCAGGCUGAAAACUUUACCUACAGACUAGAACUGAGCAGAAAUAAGAGGCGACUUAAGUGGGAGGCCACACCACGGUCAGUACUGGAAGGCGUGGACAGCAUUAUUCGUGAUAACGAUGGCCUAGUCUUCAAUGAAUCAUUAGCAUAUUUGUUCUCAGACAAUGGAAUCCUUGCUUUAAGUGUCACAGUAUCCACAGGCAAACAUUCAGUGCAAAACGACAGCUAGAGAUUUCAAACCUAGUACUUCCUACUUGUUUUAUUUAUUUAUUUAUUUAUUAUUUAUUUAUUUAUUUUUGAACUGUGCAUGCAGAGACAUUUGAAAUAAUCUGUGAUCUCAGACUUGCAUACCUUACAGCUGCUACUGUCCAAAAUGGAUAAUGUGCAAAUCACCAGCAACCUAAACUUCCAAGGUUGAUCACCUUCACUUAUGUUUAUAAAGUGUUUUAAAAUAACAUUGUCCCUUUAACAUAGCAUAGAAAAUGUUUUCAUCAAUCAAAAAAUGAAAUAAUCCAAUGUCUUGGAUUUUGCAUGCUGCUGUAACUAUUUGUCUCACUUGACAGGACUCUCAUACUGUUGCAAUAAGUACCCUUGUUUUGUCUUUCCUGUAUUGUGUUAUGCCAGGAAGCACUGCAGAAUGACAAAAAAAUAUGUGCAGGCACUGUGUGUGUGUGUGUGUGUGUGUGUGUGUGUGUGUGUGUGUGUGUG